AUGACCGCGAGCCGCCCGCCCCGCGCGCUCAGCCGCCUCUCCAUCGCGCUCGUGCUGCCGCUGCUCAUGCCGCACGGUCCGGGACGCGUCCCGGUCGCGGCGGAGUACUCCUCCAAAACCGACUUGGAUUACGAGUUCGGGGACUACCGGGGGAAGUGGUGUAUCGACGACCACGGCUUUGUUUACGCGAUCGGACAGGUGUUUUACCCGAGCCCGACGGCGUGUCCGUGCACGUGCACCGUGGACGGACCCGUGUGCGUCCGGCCCAAGUGUCCCCGCAUCCACCCCCGGUGCACGCGGAUGAAAUUUAAGGCGUGCUGUCCGGUGUGCGAGGCGAUGGCCCGGGUCUGCGUUUACGGGGGGAAAACGUACCGACCCCUGGAGGAGUUCAUGUUGUCGAAGUGUGAGCGAUGUCGCUGCGAGGCCAACAGAGAGGUGUACUGCAGCAUUUCGGACUGCCCCGCCCCGCACUGUGUCAACCCCACCUACGAGCCCAACCAAUGCUGCCCCACCUGCAAGACUGGUCCCAACUGCUUCGCUGGCAACAGAGUGAUCCCAGCGGGGGAACGUGUGGACAUUGGGAAGUGGACGGUAUGCUACUGCACCUCCCAGGACGGGCUGUGGCACACCCAUCUCCAAGCCAUUUGUGAGACGCUCCCCCAGCCCAGCACCCCUACCAACGCCCCCACGGACAGGGAGUCCAGGGGGAGAGGAAAGAGGCCGUUUAUUCCCAGGCUGGAUGUGAUACCAUGAAGACUGUUCAAUACGUUUCAUGGAGACAGAGGCAGUUUAUCAAUACCAUGUACGCCGAGUAUAUAGUUGUGUACUUUUGGAGUCCAGGCUCCAAAGGACGGGAGGACACAAGACGGUCUUUCUGCAAUUGGAACAGCAGCUGACGCGAUGACGUCACCACCUCAGCUGUUCUUGCUCACGAGUUUACUCCAUUAUUUACUGUAAAGUAUUUUUUACAGUCAAACAAACUAUGACUACCCUGCUUUUUUCAUUAUCCUAUAAAUAUAAUAAUUUUAUUUUGAAUUGUUUGGUGGGUAUACAUUGUGCCAUACACAUAUAUAUACAGGCACGUGCAGACAUUUUGGGUUGGUUGUUACGUGGUUGUUACGAAACACCUGAAACACAUUGUGUCGUGAGAAGACAUGAGCGCUGAACAAAAUGACAUAUUGCAAUUUGUUUUUAUUUACAAAACAAUAGGAGCGAAAAAAUGCCAUAUAACUUACUAACCUCGACCGCCCGGCUGAAAAGGGUAAAUGCAAGAAAAAACACUUGUAAUAACUACUUACUAACCCAGAGUGAGGUCAUGCCAGGAAAUAUCAGACUGAGGCUUUAUAACGUUUUUACAGAAGUCUGAUAUUUCCCGGCAUGACCUCAGUCUGGGUUAGUAAGUAGUUAUUACAAGUGUUGUUUUUUCUUGCGUUUACUCUUUUCAGCCUCUGCAAUUACUCAUACAAGAUUGAUCUUUGUCGCGGGGGCUUGUGAGUGCCGCGAAGCAUCCCAUCCAUCCAUCCAUCCAUUAUCAAUACCGCUUAUCCUCAUUAGGGUCGCGGGGGCGCUGGAGCCGAUCCCAGCUGACAUAGGGCGAAGGCGGGGGACACCCUGGACAGGCCGCCAGUCCAUCGAGGGCACAUAUAGAGACAUACAACCAUUCACUCUCACAUUCACACCUAUGGGCAAUUUAGAGAUCAAUUAACCUGACGGCAUGUCUUUGGACUGUGGGAGGAAGCCGGAGAACCCGGAGGGAACCCACGCUGCCACGGGGAGAACAUGCAAACUACACACAGAAGGCCCGCCUCGACCGGGAAUUGAACCCACGGCCCUCUUGCUGUGAGGCGACAGUGCUAGCCACUACACCACCGCGAAGCAGGUCGAGGCGAAAUUCUCACAAGAACUCAAAUAAAUGCCCUGACAGAUAUCCAAACACAUUUGGGGGGAACUGAUGACAGAGAGAGUAAGUUUUAUUCUUCAAUACUGAUUAAUGAAGAACAAAUGUGUCUACGUCUCUGGGAAAUAAAUAUUGAGCCGGAGAUUUGCCAGUUGUAGAAUUACAAUAUCCUAUUUCUGAUGUUCUGUUGUGUCUUUUCCCCAAGUCAUGUGGUAGAAUAGGUUGGCCGUACUCAAAGAAGAAAAAGAACUCAUAUUGUCAUUUAAUUUCUGGAUGUAUUGUACUUGUGUGAUACUGGGUAUUGACUCUGUGCAUGUGUGUCUACAUACAGAUGUUCCAGAUGCAUGUGUGUGCACGUCUGGCUCGGCGAAAUGAGGUGACCUCUUUGUAUGUAUUGUUUAUGUAUUUAAUGUCCUGUACUCUAGGUGU